ACUACCCUCUCGUUCUGAUUCGUCAGAGAGUGAAUGUCCCUCUUCUCGUCUCUCGCGCUCUCUCCCUCCACUCCCUCCGUUGCCCCUUCUCUCUCUCUCGCUCUCUCUCUCUCUCUCUCUCUCUCUGAUUAGAUAUUCCGAUUCCUCCUUUCAAUGGACGUCAUUUAAGCGCAGACUUUGUGCCCCUGACUUGCGUCCUCCGUUCCACGCACCACUUCCGACUAUUCUUUCUGGCUCACCACCCCUCCCACCCCUCCUUUAUUUAUUUUUUUUCUUGUCGUCGUUGUUGUUGUUCCGACCGAAGUGUUCGGACACUGCUGGCGCGCCAUGCCCGGGCUCUGUUAGGAGUUUAACUGCGAGGAAGAGGAAGAAGCGACUCAUAUGAGCUCCAGCCAGGGGACCGCAGCGCCGUGACAGCAGCGAAGAAAAGAGGAGAGAAACUUUUUUUUCCUUUUUGCGUGGGGGUUCCCUGAGCCUUGAAUCCACCAACGUCCUUGAAUACUUUGAUUUUCAUUAGAUCCGAAUGAAGGGCAAUGGGGAUCUAAUUUAUUAGUUCUAAUGGAUUAUCGCCCUCUUGCCGGGGCACAUAUCUGAUCUGCGGGGCCGUCGCAAUCUUUUGCACGGGAGCCUUUUUUUUUCUGGGAGGGAGGAUAUAUAUCUAUUUUUUUCCCCAUUGAUAAAUUCCCGUUCUCUCCACCGCAAGACACGUUUUUGAAGCUGUAAUAUCUAUUUUUAAAAAAGACAAAAAAAAAAACAUCCCAAGAUGUUAGUGCACAGUUUUUCCGCUAUGGACCGCCACGACGGCACCAGCAACGGGACGGCGAGGCUACCUCAGCUGGGCGGCGUGGGCCAGAGUCCCUACACGAGCGCGCCGCCGCUCUCGCACACGCCCAACUCAGACUUCCAGCCCCCGUACUUCCCCCCGCCCUACCAGCCCAUCUACCCGCAGUCUCAGGACCCUUACUCGCACGUCAACGACCCCUACUCCCUCAACUCCUUGCACGCCCAGCCGCAAACGCAGCACCCGGGCUGGCCCGGCCAGAGGCAAGGGCAGGAGAGCGGCCUGCUGCACCAGCACCGCAGCCUGCCCCACCAGCUGUGUCGGGACUACCGCCGGGAGGUGCUCCUACCGUCCGGCCACGGCAUUGACACGGGACUCUCGGACUCUAUCCCAAUCCAUGGAAUACCCCACUCUUUAGAAGAUGUCCAGCCUGUUGAGGAUCAAGGAAUUCACAUUCCCGACCAGACUGUAAUUAAAAAAGGUCCAGUGUCUUUAUCCAAGAACAACGUCUCCGGCAUCCCCAUCAACAAGGACGGCCUCUUCGGCGGAGUGGUCAACCCGAACGAGGUGUUCUGCUCAGUUCCGGGUCGCCUGUCCCUGCUCAGUUCCACGUCCAAGUACAAGGUGACGGUGGCUGAGGUGCAGAGACGCCUCUCACCGCCCGAGUGCCUUAACGCUUCGUUGCUGGGCGGCGUGCUGAGGAGGGCCAAGUCUAAGAAUGGAGGGAGAUCCUUGAGGGAGAAGCUGGAUAAAAUCGGCUUGAAUCUACCUGCGGGCAGACGCAAGGCAGCCAACGUCACCUUGCUGACGUCACUAGUAGAAGGCGAAGCGGUGCAUCUUGCCAGGGAUUUUGGUUACGUGUGUGAGACCGAGUUCCCCGCCAAGGCAGUAGCUGAAUAUGUAAACCGUCAGCACUCCGACCCAAACGAACAAGUCCAAAGAAAAAACAUGCUACUGGCUACAAAGCAAGUGUGCAAGGAGUUCACGGACCUGCUGUCCCAGGACCGCUCGCCGCUGGGCAACUCGCGGCCGCAGCCCAUCCUCGAACCGGGAAUCCAGAGCUGCUUGACCCACUUCAGCCUCAUCUCGCACGGAUUCGGCACGCCGGCCCUGUGCGCGGCCGUCACGGCCCUGCAGAACUAUCUGACCGAAGCCAUCAAAGCCAUGGACAAAAUGUACCUCAACAACAACCCCAACAGUCACUCAGAUAACGGCACUAAAGGCGACAAAGACGAGAAGCACAGAAAGUGAUACCCCCGACGCCCCCCCCCCGCCCCCCUUUCUGCAUUAAGGGGCCAAAUCCCCCGGGGCCUCCUCUUUUUUUUUUUUUUUUUUUUCCCACCUCUUUUUGUCUGGGCUCUCCCCCCCAUCCAAUAUAAAUAUUAUAAAUACUAUUGAUAAAGUCGUGCCACUUGCUGAUCUCGCGCCAUGUUUUCUUUUGAUUAAAGACGGCCAAUUUUGGGAUUCGCUGGGAAAACGAGUCAAGAAUCUUCCAGCGGCUGUAUUCUUCUUAUUGUUGUUCGAAAAAAAAGACAGAAAGAAAGAAAAGAAGAGCUCCGGCGUGUGGAAGAGGUGUGUUUUCUCACAAAAGAAAACGUCCGAUGGUCACCUUCUUUUUCGAAAGAGCUGCAAGCAAUGGACUGAAAUCCAGCGACCCAUUUGAAUUUUGUGAAACAAAAAAAAAAAAACAACAACAAAAAAAAGUAAGAAGAAGAAGCCCAAAGAUGGACCAAUUCUUCCCUCAGUAUUGUGAAUAAUAACUUGGAGAAAUUCAACAGAGCUCCACGUCAUGACUUCAAACUCUCUUCUCCUUCUCUCUCCAAGCGACCGACUUGAACUUUUUUUAAAAAUUGCAACACGAUUCACGGUUAUAUAAGGGAAUCAGUGUUCAUGUAUGUAUAUAUUUAUUUAUGUGUAAUUUAAUGGGAAUUGUAAAUAUGGUGCGUCUGUUGAAACUUUUUUUUUUUUUAUUUAUCUGGUGCCUCCUGUUUUAGUGGGUUUUAAUAUUCGGUUAGCUCUUCAUGUGAUUUAAUGGUUCUUAGGAAGAAAAAAAAAACAAAAAACAGAAGUUUGGGGUCUUUUUUAUUUGAUUUCUCUGGGAUAUUUCAAUUCAGCCCUCUUGUAGCAUGUUGAGGCGACAUUGAAGCAAGUGAACAAAUUGAAUAGAAAUACAACUUCCGCUUCUCUCUCUCUCUCUCUUUCUCUCAUCUUUAUUCCGUUUAUUUGCUCAUUUCACACCCCUGAGGAGAACGUGUUUUUUUUUUGUGUGUUUCUAUUUUUUAUACAAGAUUUUAUGUGUCGUGCCAAUCAGAAAUCACCUCCUGUUCUGUCUUUGAAGCGCCAUAAAAGCAAUAAAUGGAUUGUUUUUGUUUUUCUUUGAAAAAAAAAAAGUUCCAAACACGUUAUUGGGGUCUACCUAAUAUCUUGUUCUGUCUGAUAAUGUCCAAAAAUCAGAGGCGAUUUUAGCUGUCAUUGUAUAGACACGUGCUGGCAAUAGUUCCCAAUGCCUGUCGAUGUAUUAUAUUCCUUUGUUGCCCAGAAAAAAAUAAAUAUUUGAUACGCUU